GUAGGAAGCAGAAAUACAAACCGUUUACAUUGUGAGGACAGACUCGCUUACUUACACAGCAUCACCCCGAACUGUAGAACUGAGACAGAAUUAAAACAAAAAAAUAUACACCAAAUGUCACAUCUUUCAAUUUGUCAGGGCUAUACCUGCAACAUCACAUUUCAGGUCACUUUACCUGAAUCCGUUCACCUGAGCACACCUGAGCACACCUGCCUACCUGCGACAGGACGAUCAACCAUCAACAAGGGGCCACUGCAACCAGGAGAGAGGAGCUUCACAAAGCGUUAAGGGCAUCUCUCUUAUUUGACUGGAGACCCAGGGCACAGUAAGAUGGCUUCAGCAGCAGCCUGGCUGUGGAUACUCUCCGUCGCUGCACAGCAAGCUUGGAGUACCUCCCUGCCCAUGAAGCCAGCGAUGAACUUCACCUUGCAGGGAUUCCCAGCGGCUUACCUGAGGACUGCAGAGAGACUGGUGUCCCAAUGUUUUGGAAACGAUAACAGCAUUCCUCAGAGACUGGCAGACCUCCUGGGCAGCUCCACGGUGCUGUUUGAGAACAUGACACGCCCCCUCCCUGUCUUCCUGCCGCCCCUCCCUCUGCUCAACGGCAUGAUCUUCAUGAACAAGGCUGACGAGGAUUUCUUCCGCUCUCUGGAGAUGCUGAGAAACAUAUCGGGUGAUGUCCCUUCAUUCUCUCCUGUGCCCCCUGCACAGCAUGGCUGCCCCCCUGGCCUGGUCCACUCUGCUGGGUUCUGGCAGAUGGGCGUGUUCAACCAGCACUACGACGUCCUGCCCCCCGGCGACAGAGAGAAGCUCCUCCAUUGGGUGAAGCACUGCGUUGCCAUGGAAAUGUUCAACUGCAGCAUGGGACAGCCAAUGGGGAAACGGAGACCCCCGAGUGAAAUGCCCUCCACGGCUCCGCUGGCUGAAAGCGCACACGAUGGCAGUGCUGGGGCGCUCCUGUCUCUAGUCCCCGCCCUCGGAGCUUGA